UUUUAAUUAAUUUAUUUUUUAUAGUAUUAUUAAUAUAGUUUAUGAAGAAAUUAUACAAACAUAUCCGCCAUGCAAAUGGAAAAUUAAGUUCCUAAAUUAUAGUAGUUAUAUUUCUUGUACUCCUUUUAAAAUUAUAUCUAUAGAAUUUUUUUAAUUUUUUUUUUGAAUUCCUUAAGAACCAGCUUACUGUUUUUCAAUUCUGAUUUGUAAGAUUUAAUUGAAUAGUGGGUCUUGAUUUGAUUUUUGGUUUUAUUUCUGGAGUUUGUUUUUUGGUGAAUUGGGGUUUUUUUUUAUGGAUGAAUUUAGUGGAAAGAUUUGAACUUUAGAAUGAAAAAAGUUGGAUUUUUUGGUUAAUUGUUGAUUCUGUGAUCUUUUGGUGAAUUUAUUGGUUUGUUUCUCUGUGUGGAGGAUUUUGUUGAAGUUGUCCACAUUAGGAGGUGAAAUUUCUACCAAAAUUUGAACUUUAGAAAGGAAAAAAGUUGGAUUUACUGGUUAAUUUUUGAUUCAGUGAUCAUUUGGUGAGUUGGGUCUUGUUUUUCUUGUCGAAAUUAGGGGAUUUUUAUCUCAGUUUGGGGGAUUUUGUUGAAGUAGUCAGCAUUAGGAGGUGAGGUUUUUGUACCAAGAUUUGAACUUUAGAAAGGAAAAAGUUGGAUUUUUUUGGUUAAUUGUUGAUUUAGUGAUCAUUUGGUGAGUUGGGUCUCGUUUUUCUUGUCGAAUUUAGGUGGGGUUUUUUUCUCAGUUUUGGGGGAUUUUGUUGAAGUAGUCAGCAUUAGGAGGUGAGUUUUUGUACCAAGAUUUGAACUUUAGAAAGGAAAAAGUUGGAUUUUUUUGGUUAAUUGUUGAUUUAGUGAUCAUUUGGUGAGUUGGGUUUCCUUUUUCUUGUCGAAUUUAGUGGGGUUUUUUCUCAGUUUUGAGGAUUUUGUUGAAGUAGUCAGCAUUAAGAGGUGAGUUUUUGUACCAGGAUUUGAACUUUAGAAAGGAAAAAGUUGGAUUUUUUGGGUUAAUUGUUGAUUCAGUGAUCAUUUGUUGAGUUGGGUCUCGUUUUUCUUGUCGAAUUUAGUGGGUUUUUUUCUCAGUUUUGGGGGAUUUUGUUGAAGUAGUCAGCAUUAGGAGGUGAGUUUUGUAUCAAGAUUUGAACACUAGGAAGAUAACAUUUGCAUGUGUAUGAGAGGAAUGAGGACAAUGAGAGGUGAAGUAGGAGGAUUGAGGGGACAACAAUGACUACAGAGUCAUUGGGUUUCUGUCCUUCUGGAAGUUAUGGUUCUUUUGCUGCAAUAAUUCUGCUACAUUACAAACUACACUCUGAAAGCCACCAAAUAUGUUUAAGGAGAAAGAAGGAUUGUUCCCCGGGAUUCACAAAUUCGCACCAAGAAAGAAGGUGGGGAUGCUUCUACUGUGUGCAGUUUCACUAGCAGUUUUCCUAUGGGUCGUGCUUAUUGACAAAGGUGAAGCACAAGAAAGUAACCUCUCCAUAGGCAAUAGGUUAUUUCGAGAAGCUGGACAAAAGGAUAAUUCUACUACUAUUGAGUCGGUAGAACGAACUAAUGCUGGACAAAGUGCAUUGACUAUCCAACCUCCUCCUCCUGUAUAUUUUAAAGGAUACACUCUUCCUCCUGGGAAUCCAUGUGAAAGCUUCACGUUGCCACCCCCGCCCACAGAUAAAAAGAGGACUGGACCAAGGCCAUGUCCAGUAUGCUACCUCCCUGUUGAACAAGCAAUUUCACUAAUGCCUGAUGCACCAUCCUUUUCUCCUGGGGUUAGCAAUUUGACUUACAUUCAUGAAGAAAAUUCAGAGAAACCCGAGUUUGGAGGAUAUCCUUCACUGAUGCAAAGGAAUGAUUCAUAUGAUGUAAGAGACUCCAUGAAUGUGCAUUGCGGAUUUGUUAAAGGAAUCAGGCCUGGACAUCAAACAGGUUUUGACAUUGAUGAUUCUGACCUUAAUGAGAUGGAAUCUUGUCGAGGUGUCAUUGUGGCAUCAGCAAUAUUUGGCGCUUUUGAUUUGAUAAGGCAACCAAAAAAUAUCAGCGAAUAUGCCAAGAAAAAUGUCUGCUUCCAUAUGUUUGUGGAUGAACAAACAGAAGAUUUUUUAAGAAACUCUAGUGAGCUAGAUGGUUCCAUGAGAAUUGGCUUAUGGAGAAUUGUCACUGUUCACAACCUCCCUUAUGAUGAUCCGAGGCGAAACGGGAAGGUUCCAAAGCUUCUGCUUCAUAGGCUCUUUCCCAAUGCUCGUUAUUCUCUAUGGAUUGAUGCAAAACUUGAGCUGGUUGUCGAUCCCUAUCAAAUACUUGAAAGGUUCUUGUGGAGAAAAAAUGUCAGCUUUGCAAUAUCAAAGCAUUAUAGACGCUUUGAUGUGUUUGUAGAAGCAGAAGCUAACAAAGCUGCUGGAAAGUUUGACAAUGCUUCCAUCGACUUUCAAGUUGAAUUCUAUAAAAAGGAAGGUCUAACUCCUUAUUCCGCAGCUAAACUUCCUAUUACAAGUGAUGUCCCUGAGGGAUGUGUAGUAGUAAGGGAGCACAUUCCAGUUUCCAAUCUCUUUGCUUGUCUUUGGUUUAACGAAGUGGAUCGUUUUACUCCAAGAGACCAAAUUAGCUUCGCCAUUGUGAGGGACAAGAUAAUGUCAAAGACAAAUUGGACAUUGAAUAUGUUCUUGGACUGUGAAAGACGUAACUUUGUGGUUCAGGGGUAUCACCGCGACAUUCUUGAGCACUGGUCUCCCCCACCUCCCCCUGCUGCUCCUGAAAUUGUUCAUCCUCCACCGCCUGUACCUGAUAAAACCCCGCAGACCUCAAGCAACAUUACAACGUCAAGUUCAGUUACUGAGCGAUUAAAGAAGGUACCCUCAAAGCGCGGGAGAGACAGGAAAAAGCGUCAUAGAAAAGUUAUUGGAAAUUUUGCUUAAGCAAAUUCUUGUUUUUUUCCCCUUACCUGUUACAAGGAUAUCAAUUUUGGGGCUAGGAACUUAGCUACUUGAGUACUAUGACUUUUAACACAAUGGAGGUAAUCAAGUUUAGGUGUCAAAUUUAUUCAUUUUUUGUUGUAUAUAAUUGAAGGCUUAACAUCUAUUUUUUCAUAUCAUAGAAAUAUCAUACUGGAAAUAGAACUUUCAAUAGCUA